UGAAUCUGCGAUGGAUUCGUCUCUAGAUUGCCUCCUGAGCUUCGGUGGAGGACUAGCCAAACCGGCCAAUUGUGUCAGCGACUAGCCUGCUUGCGACUCGGAACAAGAUGAGGUUAUCAGCACGCAAGAGGAGAUUCGUGGAUGGCCCUUCCCGUCUCGUCUGCCGUCCCCCAGACGGGGGAAGAAGUGGCAGGGCACAAACAGUGUGGAGAGAAGCGCCAGUACCCGUGCGCUUGCUUGAGCGCUUCGAGACACACCCACCACCCCCUUCUUGGCCAGCCCUGGGUCAGCUAUCGUCAGAGCCGCCCCAGUCGACGCCCACUGCGCCUAACAGAGAGCAAUGGGGGCCCUGCUUUUCCAGGGAGCUCUCCCCACACGACAGGUGCCCGCCCUGACGAUAGUACCGGAGGAUCGCCGAGGGACUAGGCCGGGCAGACCUGGAGGUGCUCCGUUCAGCAGGACAUUGAUCUGGUGGGCG